GACGUGCCCUGAAUAGGCAGAGACGGGCCCAUGUGGUGCAGGCGAGUCCCGACUGAGCUGCCUGUCUCGGCAGCCCCAAGUGCCGCACAACCGGGCACGGCAGCCCUGCAGGGAUGCCGUGCCGGCUUCCAGCCAGCCUCGACACGGGGCACCACCGUGCCGUGCGUGGGUCACCGCUGGCUUGUACCUGGCCUCUGCCUCACCUUGGCUAAAGCUCGGUGCGGGCAGGUCCCUCCCCUCGCCUGGCACGGCUGCCGGAGGAGGAGACAGGCGCCGGCCGCCCUCCUCCAGGAACAGCCACCGAGCCCCAGCAGGGCCAAGCUGGGCGUCUCCGCAGCCCACCCGGGCCACCAGCCACCUGCCCGGCACCCCGGGCCCCAUGGGCACAGGCAGAGCCUGCGGCUGCCCAUGGACCUCCUGGCACUCGCUCUCCUCCUGGUAGGGGUGCCAGUGGCGAGGGGCUGGCAGGAGCCCGACCUGAGCCACGGCUGCGCCCGCGGCAGCUGCUACCCGGCCACCGGGAACCUGCUGGUGGGGCGAGCCCCCCGCCUGAGUGCCACCUCCACAUGCGGGCUGGAUGGGCCCCAGGAGUACUGCAUCGUCAGCCACCUCCAGGACUCGGAGAAAUGCUUCACCUGCGACUCACGGGACCCGUCCCUGCCCGAGAGCCACCGCAUUGAGAACGUCAUCUACCUUAGCGGACCCCAUGGCCAGCGGACCUGGUGGCAGUCAGAGAACGGCGUGGAGCAUGUCAGCAUCCGCCUGGACCUGGAGGGCGAGUUCCACUUCACCCACCUCAUCAUGAAGUUUAAGACCUUCCGCCCUGCGGCCAUGCUGGUGGAGCGCUCGGCCGACUUCGGGCGCAGCUGGAAGGUCUACCGCUACUUCGCCUACAACUGCUCCAAGCUCUUCCCCGGCAUCCCUGGCCAGCCCUCGGGGCUGGUGGACAAGGUGCUGUGUGACCAGCGCUACUCUGAGAUCGAGCCCUCCAGCCACGGGGAGGUCAUCUUCAAGGUGCUGGACCCCUCCAUCCCUGUGGCGGAUCCCUACAGCCCGGACAUCCAGGACCUGCUGCGCGUCACCAACCUGCGGGUGAACCUCACCAAGCUGCACACGCUGGGGGACAACCUGCUGGACUCGCGGCGGGAGGUGCUGCACAAGUACUACUACGCUGUGGAUGAGCUGGUACUGCGCGGGAGCUGCUUCUGUCACGGCCACGCUGCCCACUGUGCCCCAGCACCCGGUGCCCCAACAUCCUCCGUCCCCGGCAUGAUCCACGGGCGCUGCGUCUGCGAGCACCACACGCAGGGGCUGAACUGCGAGCGCUGCCAGGACUUCUACCACGACCUGCCCUGGCGCCCGGCUGAGGGCUCCAGCACCAACGCCUGCCGCCGCUGUGACUGCAACGAGCACUCGCGGCGGUGCCACUUCGACAUGGCCGUCUUCCUGGCCACGGGGAACAGCAGCGGGGCUGUGUGUGACAGCUGCCAGCACAACACCAUGGGCCGCCGCUGCCACCUCUGCAAGCCCUUCUACUACCGGCACCCCCGCUCCGACAUCCGUGCCCCCACUGCCUGCGCCCCAUGUGACUGUGACCCGGCGGGCUCGCUGGAUGGAGGCGCCUGUGACGGGCACACGGACGUGGCGCUGGGCAUGAUUGCGGGGCAGUGCCGCUGCAAGGAGAACGUGGCCGGUCCCCGCUGUGACCGCUGCCGGCACGGUGCCUACGGCCUCAGCCAUGGCGAUCCGCAGGGCUGCCAGCCAUGCAGGUGUGACCCACGGGGCACGGUGGCGGGCAGCUCCCCCUGCGACCCCAUCAGUGGGGACUGUUACUGCAAACGCUUCGUGGCUGGGCGCUCCUGCAGCCAGUGCGUGCCCGAGUUCUGGGGCCUCAGCUAUGACGUGGGGGGCUGCCGACCCUGCGCCUGCGACUUCGGGGGAGCCUACAACAACCGGUGCUCCAUGGAGGACGGGGCUUGUCCCUGCCGUCCCCACCUCAUGGGGCGGCAGUGCGACCAGGUCCAGCCUGGCUUCUUCUGCGCCCCCCUUGACUACUACACCUACGAGGCUGAGCGGGCCACCGGCCACAGCCACGGCCACCCCCAGCUCCCGGGCAGCGUCCGGGCAGAGGUGCCCCAGGACUGCCUGGAGUACGACACCAGGGAGCCGGGGGGGCGGAAGGGGCGCCUGCGGCACCAGCGCAGCCCCCCCCGCGCCCCUCAGCCCCGUGCCCCCUCCCGCCGCAGCCGCCAGCAGCCCCCCAAGCCGGACGUGGAGGAGGUGGUGCGGGACGGCACCGGGCACAUGGUGACGUGGACGGGCUCGGGGUUCGCCCGGGUGAGAGAUGGGGCUGGCCUAACCUUCCGCGUGGACGACGUGCCCUACCCCAUGGACUACGAGCUGCUGCUGCGCUACGAGCCUGAGUCGGCCGAGGACUGGGAGGCUGUGGUCGGCGUCAGCUCCCGGGCGCUGCCCACCAGCCCUCGCUGCGGGAACGUGCUGCCCUCCGAGCAGAUGUACCGUGAGAGCCUGCCCCACAGCCAGAGGUAUGUGCUGCUGUCCCAGCCCUUCUGCUUUGAGCCCAGCACCCCCUACGAGGUGACCAUGCGGCUUCAACGGGCCGGAGUCACCCAGCGCCACCCCAGCGCCUUCAUCCUCAUCGACUCGCUGGUGCUCCUGCCCCGGGUGUCGGAGUUGCCGGGCUUCCACGGGGCAGAGGCGGCGGCACGCCAGGAGGAGCUGGAGCGAUAUCGGUGCCUGGAGGCGUUUCGCAUGGGCCCCCCACACCCCCUGGCCCAGGCCUGCGCCCGCCUGGUCUGCAGCGUCUCAGCCCUGCUGCACGGCGGGGCACUGCCCUGCCAGUGCGACCCACAGGGCUCCCGCAGCAGCGAGUGCCAGGCGCAGGGAGGGCAGUGUGAGUGCAAGCCCCACGUCCUUGGCCGGCGCUGUGACCGCUGUGCCCCAGGCAGCUACGGCUUCGGACCCCUGGGCUGCAGCCCCUGCGCCUGCUCCCCGGAGGGCUCGGUGUCACAGCUGUGCGAUGCGGUGAGCGGGCAGUGCCGCUGCCAGCCUGGUGCUGUGGGCCGGCAGUGUGACCAGUGCCAGCCUGGCCACUGGGGCUUUCCCGCCUGCCGGCCCUGCCAGUGCAACGGGCACACCAAGGAGUGCGACCCCCGGACAGGCAGCUGCCUGCGCUGCCGUGACCACACUGCCGGACGGCACUGCGAGAGGUGCCAGGAUGGGUACUACGGGGACCCAGUGCUGGGCUCGGGGCAGCAGUGCCGGCCCUGCCCCUGCCCCGGCUACCCCGGCACACGGCACUACCACGGGACCGCCUGCCACGCCGACGAGGAGACCCACCACAUCGUCUGCCUCUGUGCGCCUGGAUACGUCGGGCCCCGCUGCGACCGCUGCUCCCCUGGCUACUUUGGGACGCCGGAGAUGGAGGGUGGCGUGUGCCGGCCCUGUCAAUGCAACAAUAACAUCGACGCCAGCGACCCGGGGGCCUGUGACCCCCGCACGGGGCACUGCCUGCGCUGCCUGUACCACACCGCUGGGCCCCGCUGCGCCCACUGCCAGCCCGGCUACUACGGCAAUGCCCUGCAGCGCAGCUGCCGGCGCUGCAGCUGUGACCCACGGGGAACCCUGGCCUCCCACUGUGCCGCCGGCACCUGCACCUGCGACCGCAGCAGCGGCACCUGUGCCUGCCGGCCCAACGUGGUGGGCAAGAGCUGUGACCACUGCGCACCCCACUUCUGGAGCCUGGGGGGACCAGGGGGCUGCGAGCCCUGUGGCUGCCACCCCACACGCGCCUUGCACCCCGCCUGCGAGACGGUGACGGGGCAGUGCCAGUGCCGGCCUGGCUUUGGGGGCCGCAUCUGCUCCCAGUGCCAGGAGCAUCACUGGGGAGACCCUGAGCGGGAGUGCCGAGCCUGCGAGUGUGAGCCACUGGGCUCUGAGAGCCCGCAGUGUGAGCAGGCCAGCGGGCAGUGCCAGUGCCGGCCGGGCUUCGGGGGGCUGCGCUGUGACCGCUGCCAGCGGGGCUACCAGGAGGCCUUCCCCCGCUGCUCGCCCUGUCACCCCUGCUUCGGGCGCUGGGACCCGACCCUGGGCAGCCUGCGGGACGGGCUGCGGCGCCUGGGAGCGCAGGCACGGGCGCUGCGGGAGGGGGGGUCCGUGCCCCCGCUCAGCCCCCGCCGCCUGCGGGCACUGGAGGAGGCCCUGGGGCAUGUGGAGCGGCUGCUGGGCGAGGGGGGCAGCCCCAGCAGCCCCCUCCUCGACGGGCUGCCCGGGCAGCUGGACGGCACCAGGCAAGUGUGCGCAGUGGACUGGGGUGGGGGGGACCCCCCUUUUGUCACCCAAAAAGGCUUGAGACCCCUCUCCUCCCCGCAAAGGAUGGAGCUGGAUGACUUCUGGAAGCAGCUCCAAGAGCUGGAACAACAUCUAGAUCAGCUGGCACAGGCAGAUGUGCAGCACCGCGGCCGGCUGGCCGGGCUGAGCCGUGAGCUGGGGGGUCUCAACCGAACUGCCUCCCACCUCCAAAUCCUCCUGAGCACCGUAGCAGCGGCCGGAUUUGGCGAGUCUUACCGCAGCAUCCUGGCAUCGGUGGAGGACUCGCGGAAGGCGGAGGCGGUGGUGAACGGCACAGCCAGCAAGCUCAAGGGGGCACAGGCGACGCGGCAGGCGGCUGAGCGGGUGCUGCGGCAGCGGGGCGAUGCUUUCCGACGCAGCACAGCCGCGGCACGGAAAUCCUUGCGGGAGGCACAGAAACGGGUGAUGGGACUCAGCGUUGCCAGGAUCAAUGAGAAGAUUUGUGGGGCACCCGGGGACCUGAGCUGUGAGCAAGCGCCUUGCGGAGGAGCCUUGUGCCAGGACAGCGCAGGGACACGGCAUUGUGGCGGCAUGGGGUGCGCGGGGGCACUGCCCAUCUCGGCUCGAGCCCUGAGCAGCGCCCAUAAUACUUCGCAGCAGCUGGAGGUGGCAUUGGGGCAGCUGGGUGUUGUGGCACAGAAGCCCCAUGCACCCCAGACGCAGGAGGUGCAGGAGCUGGCCCGGGGGGCACGGAGCCGGGCGGAGGAGGCGCUGGGGCGUUCGCAGGCUGCCCGCAGCCGCGCAGAGAAGGCAACGGCCCAGCUGCGGGACUUCAUCCGCCGAAUUAAGGCCUUCCUGGCAGAGGAGGGAGCUGACCCGGGCAGCAUCGAGCUGGUGGCCCGGCAGGUGCUGAACAUCUCCUUGCCCAGCAGCCCCGGCCGGAUCCAGGAGCUGCUGCGGGAGAUGCGGGAGAGCAUUGGCCAGCUGGAGGGGGUGGACGUGGUGCUCAACAGCACGGCGCAGGGGCUGGCCACGGCACGGGGGCUGCUGGCGCAGGGACGGGACGCCAGGCGACGAGCGGAAGGCGUGAGGGAUGAGCUGGCGGGAACACAGCGGGCGCUGGAGGUGGCGCAGGCACAGGCAACAGCGGCGGGGAGUGCCCUGCAGAGUGCCAGGGAUGCCAUCCGGGUGGCUGAGAGCAGAGUCAAGGAGGCGGAGCGCAGGCUGCAGGCGCUGGAGGGGAAGGAGUUGCGGGCACAGCGGCGGCUGCGGGAGCUGGCACAGCGCGUCACCACCCUGCAGGAGCAGGGCCGGGACGCCCGCCGCGUGGCCCAGCAAGCCAAGGACGGGGCGCAGCGUGCCACCGCCACCUCGGACACGCUCGGCCAGGACCUGGUGCAGGUGACGCAGCGCUACGUGGUACUGAAGGGCCGGGUGAACGGGCUGGCCAGGGUGUCCAGCGGGGCCCUGCAGCGCGUGACGCAGCUGACGGCGGAGGCCCGGGACCUCCUGGACAAGGCCAGCAGCAGCAAGAGGAAGCUGGAAGAGCUGGAGCAGCACUUCGGGGCCAACGAGCGGGCGAUGGCGGCGAAGGCGACGCGACUGCAGGCGUUGGAGCAGCGGGUCUGGGGGCUGCUGGAGGAGAUCCGGGAGAGGGCCAACGCUUACGCCACCUGCUAGGGACCGGGGGCUGGGGCCCGGGGUCCGGUCCUACCCCGCAGCCCUCCCCGGUCCCCGCAGCCCGGGGGUCCCGUCCGCUCCGCGGGCGGCUGUAGCUCGGCCGCGCCUGCAAAUAAAGCCCUGAACAGCG